AUGGACGGACAGCGGCCAUUUGUGAGAGUGAUUGCCCUCCUCGUGGUGCUCAACAGUGCAAGUCUGGGCUUGGCUAGUGAUGCGGGCGGGCUAGUGUCGACACAGUGCCGCUUUGGCGGCAUUCUAAACAUCGCCUGGAAGAGCUGCGAGUGUGUCCCGGUCGGCAAAGAUGCAGCAAUACAUGUUAUGUGCCGCCAGACUUCCGCAGCCACCGUACCCCCACUGCCACAGCCAGAAGAGGAAGCAUCCGCGCUUUUAGAGGACGAACAUGUACCCUCUAAUAUCCUCGCCCUCUCCAUGACGGAUGGCGGUCUGAAGUUCUUACAACAAGACAGCUUCCGAAACAACAACAUACAGACGCUCGAUUUUACGAAUAAUCAGAUCCAGACUGUCAACGUCAAUGCUUUUCGCGGGCUUGAGAUGAAGCUCUACAAGCUCGUGCUCACUCAGAACAAUUUAUCGGUGGUGCCCUCGUGGUCGCUCACCUACCUGCACCAACUUCAAUUUUUGCACCUGGAGCAGAAUCGGAUAUCGCACAUCCGAUCAAAUACUUUUGACGAAACGCAGAUGAACAACUUGCAAUUUUUGCAUAUGGACCAUAAUCAGAUCACCUCCAUUCCAAAUCUCGCCUUCAACCGGUUGCGACUUAUCGUCCUAACCCUAUCCGACAAUCGCAUUGUCGAGCUCGAAAAAAUGUCGCUACCCGCCACGCUGAGCUUCCUCGACUUGAAGAACAACUUAUUACCCCAGAUCCCAUACCUUGCCCUGAAAGAGCUGAAAAAUCUGAAAUCGCUGAACCUGGAGGGCAACAACGUGUCGAAGUUGUUGCCCGAGACGGAUGUGAUUUUCGAAAAUGAGCUCAAGCUGAUUUUACGCAACAAUAAGAUUCGGAGAUUGCCGGACGGAUGUUUGAAGAAUUUUAAAAAGUUUAGCGAGCUUGACCUGAGCUAUAAUCAGAUUCACACAAUCUCGGGCAACGUCUUCGACGGUAUCGGUCAAAUUCGCGAGCUCGACCUCAGCUACAACAACAUUGCCUACAUUCCGGAAAAUGUGUUCGCCAAUCUAGCAAAGGCGCUGAAAAAACUGAAUCUCGAGGAGAAUAUCUUGCAUGGGUUGCCGAACUCGAUGGGGGAGCUCCGAGAGCUGACCCAUCUGAACCUCAACGGGAACAAGCUGCAUAAGCUGGAUAACGCUGCCCUGACCGGGGGGAAACGUACGCUGCUCGAGCUUCGCGUCGCGUACAACCACCUGAAAGAGGUGCCGACGCACGUGCUGACCGGGAUGGAACGGCUGCAACAGCUCGACCUCAGCAAGAACAAGAUUCAGACCCUGGAGAAGCUGGCGUUUGGGACCUUUGACGGAACCGGCACCAGCCUCAUGUUUUUGAACCUAGCAGGCAACCAAAUCAAGGAGAUCAACGACCCGGCCGUCUUUCUCUACAUGUCAUCGCUGGCAUACCUCGACCUGAGCUACAAUCAGAUCGUCCAAGUCGGGGACCAGGCGUUUGAUAAGUUGCCAGGGUUGGAGAGCCUUUUCCUGCAGAACAAUAAGCUUUUGACGUUCCCAUUGGCCGCGCUUGGCAAGAUGCCAAAGCUUCGGAACUUGGUCCUCGACGGAAAUCAUGUAGCCGCCUUGCCGGAUUAUUCACUUGGGAAAUUGGUCCGGUUGGAGAGGCUGUCGAUGGCCGGGAAUCGGAUAGUGACGUUAGGCGAUAAGACCUUUCAUGCCAGCAGCAACCGCGAGCUGCGCCUCAUCAACCUGGCCAACAACUGGGUGACGAUCAUUCAAGGAAAAACGUUCUCUCAAUUGGAAAACAUUCAGCAAAUUGUCCUCGCUGGGAACCGCCUGCAAGCCGUCGAAUCUUUCACAUUCUCGGAGAUGCGAAAUCUACGCUACAUCGACCUGUCGCGGAACCAGAUUGUCGUCAUCUCAUCGUACUCGUUCGUCAAUUUACCGCAGCUGGAGGUGCUCAACCUCGCCAAUAACUAUAUUGAGACGAUGGAGCGGGAUGUGUUCAGCAAGGUCCCAAAAAUCGAACAUUUCGACAUCAGCAACAAUAAGCUGAAGCGUUUGACGUGCGACCAGAUUAGUCACAUCAACACGGUUUACCACCUGAAUGCGGCGAACAACCACUUGAAGAGCAUCGACCUGAACUGCAUCAAGCGCAGCGUGCAAACACUGAACUUGGCACACAAUGAGCUGCAGAGCUUGCCGAAGGAGGUUAUGCAGGACUUUGACGAGCUGCGGAAUAUUUCGUUACGCCAUAAUGGUAUCUUGGAGAUCCCGGUGCACGCCUUCACUGCCUGUCACAAGCUAGAAUAUCUGGACUUGGCGAAGAACCACAUCCGACACCUGUGGAAGGGCUCUUUCAUCAACCAGAAGCGCUUCACUCGCAUCGACUUGAGUAGCAACGUCAUCCAGGGCAUCCAAGUUGGGGUCUUUGGGAAGGACAACCUCUACGAGCUCGACCUGUCCGACAACGAGCUGAUGAGGGUGCCGACGGCGGCGCUGGAGACCGUCGCCAACAGCCUGAGCUACCUGAACCUGCGCAGGAACAAGAUCAGCAUGAUCGACAGCUCCCAGUUUCUCGGCCUGCGCAACCUGUCGAUGCUCAUCCUAAGUGAUAAUGUGAUCGAGACGAUCGAAAUGUCGGCUUUUCAACAUUUGCAGAGCCUGCGCUUCCUCGACUUGAGCCACAACCCGAUCACGACAUGGCAUCCCCAGGCUUUUGCCGAACUUGGCCAUUCCAUCAGCCUACUCAAUCUAGCCGACACUGGCUUGUUUUCAAUGCCGAAAUUGAGCCAUCGCUCCAUCCGGCACCUCAACAUCAGCCACAACAAGAUCUACGACAUCCAAAAGCGGGAUCUAUCCUCGUUUGGAAAACUGGACGUGCUGGACGUGUCGUACAACAAUAUCCACGCCCUGGACUCUAAUCUCUUUGCCGACCUCUCCGGGCUGAAGGCGCUGAACAUUUCGGGGAACAAAAUCACCCAACUGACCGAGGAGCACUUCCAGAACCUGCGUCAGCUGGAAGAGCUGUAUGCUUCCGCUUUACCCUCUCUCGUGAAGCUGCCAGAGCCCUAUGCGUAUGCGUACCUAUCACAUCUACGAGUGCUGAAGUUGAUGGACCUCCCCUCAUCAGUGCGGAACCACAACGUCACCGAGAUACUCGGUUACUUGCCGCCGUUGCGGGUGCUCAUGAUCGAGAUCAAGGACGAGUUCCUGGACGACCAGUUGAAGCGCGCCGACAAGCGCAUGCUUCGGGAUCUGAUGAUCACCGGAAGUCGGCUGAAACAGAUAGCCAUGGGUGCACUGGAUGGCCUUCGAGGGUUGCACUUUCACCUCGACAUCCACGACACCGCCCUGGAGUCGUUUCCCUCGUCUCUGUUCAACACCCUCUCGGGGAUCCAUUUCCUGUCGUUGUCACUGACCAACAACAGGCUCGCCACGAUCGACCCGUUCAAGUUCUCGCAGAUGCCGGUCGUCAACCAGCACGGCACCGUGUUGCAUUCGAUUAAUUUGAGGGACAAUCCGCUACGCUGCGACUGCGAUUUCUUAUGGAUUUCCGCGUGGAUCAAGCACGUCGAGUCGCUGCGCGGCACCCCGGGAGGUGGUGAUCUAUCCACCCAAUCGUUCUCAAACACCUAUUGCCGAGGAAAUCCCUCCUCCCCCUCGCUCCUCGAAAUGUACGAGGACGACGAAAAGUUGAGCCUAUGCCUACGGGGGACCCUGAACUCGGCCCCGAAACUUUCUACAAUUUUUGUAAUAUUAGCCCUAGUUUUUGUCUUU